AGGAUAGCACCUCCAUCCAUCAUCCCAGUCGCGCAUCGGACCUCCGCGGUCGAGGUACUUUACUGCAGCACACAUCUCGAUCGAAUGGAGAGGCUCGUGCCAGUCCUGCCGGCACUGCCAGCACCAUUGCCAAGAGCACCAAGAAGUGUUGUGUUCAAUGGAUUGUAUUCUACUGCAAAGUAUCACACUAUCAAGUAUACUAUUGCUAUUGCAGCAUUGGCAGUACGACCAAUUGCUACGAUGAUGACGACUAAUCAGUUACUACUAGUAGUGGGAGGGUACUUCUUGACCACUGACUACUCACAGCUACACGUAUGUACCUGCCCCCACGGGCGGGAGGAAGCUCCGACUGUUCAUCGGAGAUCCCAAUCGAGUACGAGGAUACGAGGUCGUCAUUCGUCAACGGGUCAGCCGUCGUCCCCAGCAGCAACAGAUGCUGGAUAUUAACAGCAG